AUGCGCUCCAACCCUCCGAAACUGUUCCUGGCAACCCUGCUCAGCCUGUGCGCACUGACGUACCCAAUUCAGACCUGCAGAAAGGAGACCAGCCUCUCUGCCUGCGUGCGCGGCUUCAAUGCAUAUGCUACCGAGGACAUCUGCUGCAGUGCCAGUGGCGCUGGGGCCUUCCCCGGUGGCUGCUCCUCCGAGGUGGCAGAGUGCUGGGUGGCAGGCACCUACUACCCGACCAAGACCUGCACAGUCAGCAGAAACGCCACCCAGUGUGCCCAGAACUGGGGUCAGUGGACCAGUCAGGACGAUUGCUGUGCCCCCGGCGCCGCAUUCGCCGGGGGCUGCUACAAGGUGGCCCCCUGCUGGGCAGCUACCCAAUGGUACCCGAAGCAGGCAUGCUCCCAGACCGACGAUCAGUCGGUCUGCCAGCGGGGCUGGGGCGCCUACGCGUCCAAAGUGGAGUGUUGCAGCCUGGGCCACGCUUUCUCUGGGGGCUGCACUGCCUGA